AUAAUUUGUGAAAGUGAAUUAUGUGUGCCUUUACCAAAAUAAAAUGAUUUAAGUUUGAAAAUGGCGGGUUAUAAUGAUGAGCCAGAGACCUGCUGAGAGCUGCAGAAACAAGUAUGGCGGCGACACGGCGGCUGCAGAAGGAACUGGCAGAUAUCCGUAAGUCAGGAAUUAAAUCCUUCAGGGACAUACAGGUGGAUGAGAGCAAUAUAUUAACAUGGCAAGGACUUAUAGUACCAGAAAAUCCCCCAUACAAUAAAGGAGCAUUUAGGAUUGAAGUGAACUUUCCUGCAGAAUACCCAUUUAAGCCACCCAAAAUAAAUUUUAAGACAAAGAUUUAUCAUCCUAAUGUAGAUGAGAAGGGGCAGGUGUGUCUCCCUAUCAUUAGCGCCGAGAACUGGAAACCUGCAACAAAAACGGACCAAGUGAUUGAGGCUCUAAUCAACCUUGUAAAUGAGCCUGAACCUGAACACCCGCUUCGUGCUGAUCUUGCCGAGGACUACACGAAAGACCGUAAGAAAUUUAUGAAAAAUGCGGAGGAAUUUACAAAGAAGAAUUCAGAAAAGAGGCCAGCAGACUAACUACCCUCUUCAUGUGUAGUCUGUAAUUUACAAAGGCACUUUGCAGGCAGACCUUUUUUAUAAAUAAAUUUUUAUGUUUAGAGAUAAACUUAUUUACUAUGUGGGGCAUUCCCCUAGGUGCUGUAUGACCCCUACAAGUUUAGCACUCCUCCUAUAAAUGUAAUGAUGAUAAUCACCAGAUGGAAGUGGUACUUUGGUGUUUUAAUUUAUUUUUCAUUAUAUUUCCAGUUAUACUCCAGUGCACUUGUGCUAUUACAUAGUUUUUGUUAAAGACACUAAAGAAUUCAUUGUAGGAAUGUAUUUUUGCACUUGAGAUUCCCACGGUGUCUUGAAUAGUUAAGUAGAUUUUUUUUUUUCUGAUUUGGCACUUUCCUUGGUGCCUUUUUCUUUAAGACUUAAGCAUUAUAUCCUUUUAAUGUCUUAAAUUUACCUGUAUAAAUUAUUUAAUACUCAAUAAUGUACUAAAUGAAAAGAAAUCAUAUCCAGUGUGUGUGUCCACAGGUUGGUGAUAGUAAUACACUAGCUGUAAUUCUCUUUGUAGGGGUUGUUACAGCAUGUACUCCAUGUAAAUGAGAACAAUAUACAUGCAGAUGCAGGAAUUCUCAAGUACAUUACAUUUCAAUACAAACAUGUUAGAAGAAUGAAUAUGCACCUUCUUAAUCCUAGGUAAAGUUCAGUUAUGUGCCAGGCUUAGGUAAUCUUGACGAAAUUAAAUUCAUCUUGUCCAUUAGUCUGCCUGUUAAGUGUCCAUACUUUUAGAAUUGUCGACCUCCAAAGUCUCGCUGCCUCCUUGGUGAUAUUUUUAAAAUCACUAUUAUGUAGACUUGUAUUUAGGUUUACAUAUGGUAACGACAAUGGACUUGUAAAAUUUAAAAAGUAAAUUGUAUGGUUAAUGUAUAAAUGCUAUGCCAUAUCUUCACACCAUAUCUGUGCAAGAUAGUUUUUCUUGGGAGAUGUGAGCCUUUUCUUUUAUGUCAAUAGAAUUUCAGUUUGUACCAUAGUGUCUAACACAACUGUGCUUGGUCUUAACAAUCCAUUUAAAAAAUGGAUUUGUCACAGAUUGUGGGUUGAUCAAACAUGGAGGUUGAUAUUUUAGCUGAUAAAGGCAUGAGAUACUCUUAAUAUUAAAUAGCAAAAUAUAAAGUACAGUGUAGUUAUUAGCUUGCCUUGAAGAGCUCUUGUAAAGAGUUAAGGUUUAACGAAAUAGUUCAAUGAUAUGAAAUUUUUCACAAUUGAAAGGUUAAUUAGACAUAAUGCUUUGGUCUGUAUUGAUUUAACACCAGGAUAUAUCCAUAUGUUUUCCAUUUUGAAGUGUUUAAUGAGUAUUCUUAACACUUAAAUUGGUGGCAUCAACACACUAGUCACAAUUCCCUUUUGAGAAACGCUUGCCGUAUUCCAAUGUAUGUUAGUGAUGGAAACCCUCCCAUACAUUCCAGCUGGGUGGGCUAUAGAUUUUCACUUGGUUUCAGCAUUGUAUGAAAAAUGCAGGAACUGUGAUACUUGAAGGUAAUGCUUUGAAAACAAUCUUGCUAUAGAAUGAAUCCAUAAUUUUUUAUUGUAAAGUGGGUUAUAGGGAGUUUUUGCAAAACUGCCAGCUUUUAGACAUGUGUAAUUUGUUACUUUUCAUGAAAUGUAUAGAUACUUUUUCUUUAAGUCUCCUCAUAUUUAUAAGAGAAUUUCAUGGAUGGGAUGAUUGUUGAUAUGCUCUGAUAUGCAUAUUGAUUUUGUCCCCAGACUCUAUUAACAUAAUGCAGGAUUACAAGCUUGAGGUAUGUCCUGUUAGCAUCUGUUGAGGAGGGAGCCAUAUUGGCUGUGCUUAUGGUUGGUUUGUGAAAGAAUUCUUUUUAAAGAAUGGUUUGAUAGGUGGUAUGCAAAAAAAAAAAAAAAAAAAAAAAAAAAGUUCAUAUUAGUUAUUUGGCUUUUUUGUUACUAGUCUUUGAAUUUGCAACAUAAAAGUAAUUACAUAAGAUUUGAUUAUAUGCAUCCGUCGCAUGAAACUGCAUAGUGGUUUCUUCAGGUAAAUGGUUACAUUUUUUUUAAAUGUACAUUUCUUUACUGUACUGUGUCCAAGAGAUGUGAGCCUUGUUUGUUCUCUAUGGAAGCAGGGGAGUAUUUUGCCAUCCAUGAUCAUGGGACUCAAUUUUUUGUAUAGAUUCAGUAUUUGUGUUAAUUUUCAAUUAUUCAUCUACUAGAGGUGGACAUGUUUGUUAUUUGAAACAUUUAGCUUUAGGCAUGUGUGUCACCUAUACUUUGAAUAGUACUGUGCAUAUUUAUUUAAAGAAUUUAUGUAUUAUGAAGCAAAAUGGAGUAGCCUCCUAUUUUAUUCAUUUCCUUAACAAUUUGUAACUGAAAGGAGUCUGUAUCAACAUCCAGGUACAAUUUUAGUAUCUUCAAAUACAUUACAUAAAAAAUUAUCUGUAUGAUUUAGUUAUAAUUAUUGCUUUUGUAGUCUCAUAAGUUGCAUAUAUUUCAAGAUGUCUGUCUGCAUAAGCCAGCUGUGUUUAAUGAAGUCUCCUUUAGGAUUGAUAACAAUGAA